CUCUCACUUCCUGAAGUGAACACUGCCCAAAUAUGUGGAGGCACAAGCAGAGGAUGGCAUGUAAUCUACUGGACCUUUGACACACACCAGACCAGGAAAUAUUAUCCCACGGCGAAGAUUACUUGCACAUGCUGAUGUGAAGCAUGUUCCUGUGGCAAUACCUGGCACUGCUCCUGCCAAUAACUGUUCAAGUAUGCAAAGCUCAGAGAUGUGAAGACUUUACCGAUCUAGAUCUCAGCCACGCAAUCAUUGGAACCAGCCUCAAAAUUAGGUUGCUGCUGUACACCAGGGAAAAUGAUACCUGUGGCACACUCAUAUCCCACACCAACUUGUCCGCCCAUCCCGAGUUUAACUUUUCCACACCAACCACCUUCAUCAUUCAUGGCUAUCGGCCUACUGGAUCUCCACCGGUGUGGGUGCACACGAUCACAGAGAUGCUGCUUGAGCGGGAAGACAUGAAUGUCAUAGUGGUGGACUGGAACCACGGAGCUGCUAAUGUGAAUUAUUUCAAAGCAGUGGAAAACACGCACAAGGCAGCUGACAACCUCACCGCUUUCAUUAAAAUGAUGCAGGAACAUGGCGCCUCUCUGAGCUCCAUCCACAUGAUCGGAGUCAGUCUUGGGGCUCACAUAUCUGGCUUUGUGGGUGCUAACCUGAACGGGUCAAUUGGAUGGAUUACAGGUCUGGAUCCUGCUGGGCCUCAGUUCACUGGGUAUCCUCCAAAGGACCGACUGGACCCCACAGAUGCCCAGUUUGUGGACGUCCUGCACACAGACAUAGAUUCUUUGGGCUUCAGAGAACCUCUGGGUCACAUUGAUUUCUAUGCUAAUGGUGGAACAGACCAACCCGGCUGCCCGAGGACCAUCUUCUCUGGAGGAGCCUAUUUUAAAUGCGACCACCAGAGAUCAGUGUUGCUCUAUCUUGAUUCUGUGAAUCGGACCUGUGUCAGCACGGCCUUCCCCUGCAACUCCUACAAAGACUUUCUGGAUGGUAACUGCUUGAACUGUGACCGCUUUGGUGCUGCUGGAUGUCCUGUGUUUGGUUAUGACAUCAGAGAGUGGAAAGAUGUCCUGCUGAGGCUGCGCGAAACCAAAACUUACUUCACCACAAAUGCAGUCACUCCAUUCUGCAGAACAAACUACAGGAUGGAAGUGAUGGUGUGGAACAAGGAUGUACGCUGGGGCUACAUCACUGUUAAACUUCACGGUGAUGGUGAAGAAGCAGUUGCAACCAUUGAUCAUAAAGCAUCAGAGUUCAAGAAGUACACAGAAACCAAGUUGUUGGCCCAGUUUGACAAAGACAUUCAUUCAGUGAGAAAGGUGUCCCUCAAGUUCUCCACUGGGAAUGUUUUUAAGCCUAAACAUAAGCUUCGUGUUCUCCGAAUACGUCUCUCACAUCUGGAACGCAAGGAGAGGCCCCUCUGUCGAUAUGACUUCCUUCUCGAGGAGAACAAAGAGUUCAGCUUCAAGCCAAUUCCCUGUGAAGACUCCAACUUUUGAGACAAAAUCCAACACCACAUCAAAUAUUUCAAACAUAUGCUCGAAGAGAUUCAGCCGACUCUUAAUUCCCUCCAGGACUGUACAGGAAAACAAUAAGGACUGCAAAGAUAGCAUAUCAAAACUGAAAGAAAUGUAAUAUAUGAUGUAUAUGUGUUUUUACUGUAAAUAUACAUGUUUGUUUUUCUUGACAUAUCACCCAAAAAGCAUUUCAUUUGUAGAGUGAAUUAGACUUUUCCUUAACUGUUUAAGAAUCAAUUCGUCUCAAAUGACUUAUGACAAGUUAUCUCAGUCAUUGACUUUGUGACUGAAAUAACAAAAUCAAGGCUGGUUUUCAAAGUACAGAGAUUUUUUUUUUGUCUGCUCUCAGUCCCCAGAUUGUCUCUUAAAAUCACUCAAUGUCAAUUUUGUUAAGCUUGUGGUUUAUUGAGACUGAGCGAGACAGUUAAACUGAUGAUUAUCAAACAUAUUCCUGACCAAAACUUAUUAUUUUGUAGAAUCACACAUUUCCCAUUAAGACUGAAAAAGCAAAAGUAUUAACAAUUUACCAAUUACUGUCAUGAAAUGAAAAAUUUGAUCCCUGAUUUUUUUUCCCCACACACAAAGUACUGGCCUUAUCGUCUAGAAGAUAUUUCCUUAAUUAAAUACAGAUAUUUUGUAACAUAUGACAUCACUUGUAACUAUAUAUAUUUAUUUGUGUAUAAGGAUGUAUCUGUAAUUAUUAAUAAAAAGUCAAUAAUGA